AUGGCAGAAGCUUACCAGAAGGAGUUCUUCAACGUUUCAUUCCCAGCGGAAUAUGUGGCGCACGUUGAGAUCAAUCGACCGGAGAAGAUGAAUGCGUUCAAGGAGGUCAUGUGGCUCAACCUCUCCUCCAUCUUCCGCCAACUCUCCCACGACCCCAACGUCCGCGCCGUGAUCCUAACCGGCGCCGGCGACCGCGCCUUCACAGCCGGUCUAGACAUCCAAGCCGCAUCCAACGACGGCGCCCUCGCACAGAAAGAAGAUGCGACACCGCUGGACGGAGCCCGCAAAGCCACCGAGAUACGCCGCCAUAUUUCCGAAUUCCAAGAUUGCAUCACUGAUAUUGAAAAGUGCGAGAAACCAGUCCUCCACGGCAUCUCCUUCGGCCUCGCCCUCGACCUCUCCCUCGCCUGCGACAUCCGCAUCUCCGCCGCCACGACCAAAUUCUCCGUUAAAGAAGUCGACAUUGGCAUCGCCGCAGACAUCGGUACUUUAUCCCGCCUCCCGCAUUCCGUCGGCAACCUCUCGUGGGUAAAAGACAUUAGCUUGACCGCACGCAUUUUCCCCUCAAGCGAGGCACUGCAGCACGGGCUGGUGUCGGCCGUGUACAAGGACAAGGCGGAAGCGGUGGCGGAAGCCAUCAAGUUGGCGGCAGUGAUUGCGAGCAAGAGUCCUGUUGCUACGUUGGGUACUAAGCAUCUCAUUAACUAUUCGAGGGAUAGGACAGUUGCCGAGGGUUUGAAUUAUACGGCUGUCUGGAACGCGGCUAUGUUGCAGACGAAGGAUGUCAAGGAUGCGCUGUUCAGUGGCAUGCAGAAGAGGACGCCCAAGUUUAGUAAGUUGUAG